CAGUCGACCGUUUGUACUGUACAGUUGUGCAAAUCGAACGGACCCCCCGGUUUGUACAGUUGUGCAAUUUCGAACGGAGCCCCCCUUAGUGGUUGAUCUGUCGUCAUUGGCCCUGCAUAUCUCCUCUAUGAUCUCUGGUAGAAGCUCCAUGUUAAUCCUGCCUUGCCCUUUAUUGUAAAAUCUCCUUUAUACGGCCAUUUUACGGUGUUUAGUCAGCUGAUGUGAUAUUCUGCAACAUUUAAUUAACUGCUCAAAUGCAAAAAUACUCAAUAAAUAGAACAAAGUGAAUAAUAAAUUCCAUCUCAAUGGAAUUAAGCAAGGUUCCACUGAGGAAUUUGUCAGGCGUAGAGUGGCGUCAUUACAUUUGUAGGAAUGGCUUUUAUGGCACAACCAAGGUGAAAAGAUUUCCUGUACCUGAUUGGCAUACUGACUGGAGAAACUACAAGGAAGUGAACCCUACGGAUUGGCCGGAAUAUGCACCUGUGGAAUACACAAGUCGGUAUAUUCAUGGAAAACCCUGGGCAGAUCCUGAUAUCUCGGAUCCUUCGUUUAAGCCCGAGUGGAACACCAAGAACGAAUUGAUCAACCGUGAAUCGUACGGGAGAGCCACUGAAUGCUUCAAGUACAUUAUUGGUGGCGAUGGACGACCAAGGAAUCCAAUCGGACGCACAGGAAUCACUGGCCGAGGUGUGUUAGGUCGCUGGGGUCCCAAUCACGCAGUAGAUACCAUCGUCACUCGCUGGAAGUCCUCCUCCGGAGAUGAGCCAGUAGCUGACGAGAUAAUCGGUGAGGAAACGGCAGCAGAUGUCCCAGAUCAUCGUGCGAAGCAAGCAGUCGAAGAUAAAUCCAAAGGCGGAUCCAAAGGGCAGUCACCGAGGAAGAAAGAUAUUCUCCAAUUCAUCGCGAUCCAGAGAAAAGAUACUAUGCAAUGGGCCAUACCAGGGGGAAUGGUGGAGCCUACAGAAACAAUUAGUGAAGCAUUGCAGCGCGAAUUCAAGGAGGAAGCCCUCAACUACGACGAGGAGGGAAGAAGCCCAGAGCAGCAGGCACUGGGAGGAGAAAUGAUCGAUAGCGAUAAAAAGCAGGGGGAAAUACCAGGAGCAGUUCGAGGCGUUAACCAAUCAGGUUACUCAGUACUGCUAGAUAAGUGCCACGGACUCCUUCUCAACUCCCAGGGGGAGCGCUGUACCAUAAAUACGGGAACGCCAAUGACAAUGGCAAAAUUAUUCAGAGUAGGGGAUAUUGUGUAUCGAGGGUAUGUCGAUGAUCCUAGGAACACUGAUAAUGCCUGGAUGGAAACUACGGCUGUGAAUUUUCAUGAUAACGAGGCGUCUGGCUUCCGUUAUUUACCCCUCGUUGCUGGAGACGAGGCUUCCAAAGUUGAGUGGAUAGAUGUUGAUGCAUCAUUAGAUUUUUAUGGUGAGCAUCGUAUGUUACUACGGUAUGUGGCGAUACUGAGGAAUGCUCGUUGGGAUGCACCAUUUUUUUACAAAGGAUGAGCGCCGCAAUUUUUUGCGGGGCGGGGUUGAUUCUUUAGGAGAUUCUCAGUUAAAUUCUAUGAAUAUACAUUUACACAUUGAAAAAAAAAUAUAGUAAUUAUUUAGGGGAUUUGCAUCAAGAUGAAUGGGUUCUUCUUUAGUGGAUUUACAUCAAUGGGUUUGUGUAUCUACUGAAAAAUUCCCAAAAAUAUUUUUCCCCACAUAUUCAUUUGCUUCAGAAAGACAUUGAUUUUUGCAAAAUAUUAUUUCUUCUAUGAGUUUUUCAAUCUCUAUACUUAUUAAGGUAAAUGAAUAUCAACUGUAGUGCCUACUUUGAUUAUGAUUAGGAAGUAGUUCGUUAUUGUUCUGUGGAAUCUCCAGGGUAAUCAUUUUUCAAGCUCUUUGUUGAUGAUAAAGAACUUGGAAAACAUAUUCCCACGGAUUUUUAAAGACAAAAUUCCUGCAGAAUAAGUUGUAAAAAAAAGUUACUUUUAUAUCCUUUUUAUAUGAAAACAUAUUUAUUGAAAGGCGGAUGAUAGAAAUGCGUGAUACUUGGAAAACUCGGAAAGAAAAAACUAGUCGCAAUGUGCUGUUAUGCUUUGGUGGAAUAAUUAAUGAAGAAAAUAUUGAUAUGAAAAAAUCUGUUAUUGC